GAACGGGCAUGGAAACAAGAGAGAAUGGGGACAUCUCAUUGUAGACGGGUUAAUUAGUAGACCUGACCUGUUGCGUGGAAUCGUAUUCGACGCAAUGAAACCUCUGCUUGUUUAUCCAGCUGCGCCAGACCAUGCCGUGAGAACGAAAGAAAUCAGCACUCAAUUGACCCUCUAUCCUAUCCACCGGAUCCCAAAAUGGCCGAAUCCACGAAUCCCCCGAAACGGAUCUGGGCCUCCCUAAUCACCAACCUCGACUACCUCCCGGGCCUCCUCACCCUCUUCCACUCCCUCCGCUCCACCAACACCCAAUACCCCUUCGUCGCAUUCUACACCUCCUCCUUCCCAGCAGAGGGCCAAGCCGCCCUGCACGCCCGCGGGAUCCGAACCCAACCCGUCCCGAACCUCCAGCCCGGCCAGAGCAGGGAGUACGCGCACGAUCCACGCUUCCAGGAGACGUGGACGAAGCUGGUGGUGUUUUCGCUGGUCGAGUAUGACCGCAUCGUCCUGCUGGACGGGGACAUGCUGGGCGAAACCGAGGGCGAGGAGACGGGGAAUCGCGUCUUCGCGGCAAGUCAUGCCUGCGCGUGCAAUCCCCUGAAGAAGUCGCAUUAUCCGAAGACUUGGAUCCCCUCCAACUGCGCCUUCACAACACAACACGCGACGCCCUCCGCGGCGCAAACCUCCGGCGCGCCGUCGUCCACCGGCGUGGGGAUGCUGAACAGCGGACUCCUCGUGGUCGUACCAUCACAGAGCACGUUCUCCCUGAUCCGAGAUGCCAUGGACACGCCGUCGCGGACAGCGGGGUACGACUUCCCGGACCAGGAGCUGCUCUCGGACGUAUUCCGGGGGCGGUGGGUGGCGCUGCCGUACGUGUAUAAUGCGCUGAAGACGCUGCGGUGGGAGGGGGUGCACGAUGCGAUCUGGCAGGAUGAGCAGGUCAAGAACGUGCAUUACAUAUUUGCGAAGAAGCCGUGGCAUGAGGACCCGGUGGCGGAGGAGGCGGAGAUGGACGAGACGAAUCGGUGGUGGUGGCGGGCGAAUUUGGAGCGGCAGCGCGGGGAGCGCGAGGGGGGAAUUACCGAUGGGUAUUGAUGGCUACUAGACUAUCGGGGCAGGCUGUUUGCUUGUUGUGAUCAGGUUUGUGGGUUUGGUUCAUCCAAUGUAUAUACAACAUCAGAUGAAAGCACCAAGUCAGGAAGAGUAACCAGCAAGAUGACAACAGAAUUG